AUGUCUGCCGUUGCCGUCAACUCUCAGGGUCAGAGCGCUCGUCAGUCAACGCGCCAGACCAGAACCAACCCAUCUCGCACAUCCAAGACAUUGGGCCGCUCAUCCUUCGCUUAUGGUCAUGGCUCCAUGGCUGAUACCCAGUCUGCGACCCCUGUCGCCCAUGGCUUCUACCCUGCUCUCACCCAUUUCACGGACGCCAUUACAGCCCUCCCCAGGGAAUUCCGUCGUCAUAAUUCGUUGCUCAAGGAGGUCGAUGCGAAGGCUUGGGCCUUAGAGGAUAAUUUGCUCCAAUUGCUGAGGUCCGCUUCGGAGUCGCAGCCUGUGCCGUACCCCUCUACUCCGAUCCCCGAAUCUCAGGAAAGCAAAGACCGCCGCAUCCUGUUCCAUCGUGUGCGCCAUACGCUUACGGAUCUGAUGAUGACCGCGGAUGAGAAAAACCACGUUAUCUCGAAUGCGAACGACGAAUUGGACCGUCAGCUCACUCGUCUUGAUUCUAUUUUCCCGUUUAUCGCGGGGGAGAUUAGCGAUGAGGCUCGUCUGGGAAGUCUCACGCACUGGGCUUACUCGAAUAGAAAUGCCCCCAAGACAACUACUAAUGAGCGUCCUCGUCGGGAGGCUGCGUCGACUAAGGAAUUGGCGCAUGCGAUCCAUGAGGCGGAGGCUGCUUCGCGGAGCGAGGCUAGGCGCGAAGCUGUCAUUGCGCGCAGGCAGCGUCGCACACAUGCGGAUUCGGAUCUGGAUGAUGUACGUGCAGGGGGGGCUCGCAAGGGACAAUCUAGUAAAUCUCGCGGGGGUGCGGGCGCUGGUGAUCAGGCCGGACAUGGUCAGGGAAAUACUGGGUCGGGCCAGGCUAAGCGGCGCAAGGUUGAGCGGCCCGCGCCUGUGGAGGCUGGUGCUGCGAUGGAGCGUACUGCUAGCAGCGCUAGUACUUCGAGGCAGGCUGCUUCGAAGGAUCCCGCUGAAGCUACGAAGAAGAGGCGGGCACCUAACACGAAUGCGGCUGCUCGGAAGAGAAACAACACCAACGCAUCUGCAGUCGAUUCCCCGGUUCUGGCUCCAUCCCCUGUUGUCGCUGCUGCGGCUAUCCCACGAAGCGCUGUCAGUCCUGGACCUGGUGCAGUGCGGCCGCAGACUUCUCGCGCGCAGCAGAAUUCCGGACAAGCAAACAAUGGUCGUCAGAGACCGUCAUCUUCUGCGUCCAAUCGCGUUACCAGCAAUGGCAAAGCUGCAGAACCUAAAACCACAAUCAAAGAGACGACAUCCAAAACCGAAGCCACUCCUACUUCUAAUCCAGAUGCCCAACGAGAAACCGAAGAGCCCACCACAGACGCAUCUAAGCUUCCACCUCCUAUCAGCACUAAACGCGAAGACACCGAUGGAAAGCCCGCGCCGUCCAUCGAACCAGGCGAAGUCCCCGCACCGCCAGUCUCGAACCCACCUCCCAAGGGCCGAUCAUCGAAGACAUCCACCCCGGUGCUACCCACCUUCUCCGAACCCACUCAGCGCGUACGACCUACCCGAAGCACGGAUCCCGCACCAGCCAAACGGUCCCACAAGAAGAACAGCAGCGUGCCAGUGGUGCAAGCGCGGGCCGUAUCAGAAGAGGAAGAGUCUCUCCAUGAGGGCGAUGAUGAAGACGAAGACGGUGAGCCCAGAUACUGCUACUGCAAUGAGAUCAGUUUCGGUGAGAUGGUGGCAUGUGAUAAUGACGCCUGCCCUCGCGAGUGGUUCCACUUGUCGUGUGUUGGGUUGACGAAGCCGCCUGGGAAGAAUGUUAAAUGGUACUGUAAUGAGUGCAAGGAGAGUAUGCGACGGAGUCGAAGUGGGCGUUGA